CACUGCCAGCAAGCCAUCACCACCAAGAUCACCUACGAGAUCGGGCUCAUGAGCUUCCUUCUUGGCUUCUUCUGCUGCUUCGUGGGGUGUGACCUCUGCUGCUGCCUGAUCCCGUGCCUGUUCGAUGACUUCAAGGACGUGACACACACGUGUCCCAACUGCAAGGCCUACAUCUACACCUACAAGCGCAUGUGCUAA